UUUUUUUUCUUCUUCCAGAAAGCAAGCAUAAAAGAAAGGGCAAAGUGCAAAACCUAGAGGGAGCUAAAGAAGAUGGGAGUUAUCAAGUCAGCCAUGGCGGACGCUCUUUUAACAUCCAUGUGGAUUUUCAGCAUGCCCUUUCUCAGGGUUUUCACCAUCCAAAUAUCUGCUUUCCUCGGCGUUCAGACCCUCCCUCCGGCCGUCUUCUUCAUCACCACAAUCGUGGUCACCCUCAUGAUGUUUAUCUUCACCUUGGUCGGCGGCGCUCUCGGCGGCGCCAGCUUCAAUCCCACGGCCUCCGUCGCUUUCUACGCCGCCGGUCUCAAGGAAGACAUGUCCCUCCUUUCGAUGGCCGUGCGUUUUCCGGCGCAGGCCGCCGGUGGAGUGAUUGGAGUGAAGGCAAUUAUGGGUUUCCUUCCCAGGGAAUUAACGGAAACCAUGAAAGGACCUUCGUUGAAAGUUGAUUUGCAGACUGGUUUUCUGGCCGAAGGGUUGUUGACUUUUGGGCUGUGUCUUGCCCUCUUGGUGAUUUUGUUUAGGGGUCCUAAGAACCCUUUGGUGAAGCUCUUGUUAAUGGCGGCCACAACUGUGGGAUGUGUAGGGAAAGGGGCUAAGUACACUGGACCAUCCCUGAACCCUGCCAAUGCAUUUGGGUGGGCAUAUGUCAACAAUUGGCACAAUUCGUGGCAACUUUAUUAUGUUUACUGGUUAGGUCCUUUGACAGGGGCAACUUUGGCUGCUUGGGUUUUCAGAUUCUUGCUUUCUCCUUCACCAGCAUCAACCAAGGAGAAAAAAGCUUGAUUUUUGUGUAACAAUUUGUCCACUCUAUUUCCAAUAAAAAAAUCUCUUUUUUCUUUUCA